AUGAAUCUAACCAAUGAAUGGCCAAAAUGCCAAUGUGUAGAAACCUUCUCCUGUGCCUGGCGCAAGUUUCCAUCAGCUUACGAGGACAGCAAUGCAGAAUGGUACCCGACUAUGCCGCGCGUGCGUCUUAAGACGUCUCCUAUCCUGUUUCGAGCAUGGGCGAUUUCGCUUUCGGGACCGCAGAAGGGCUUGGUUCGUCCAGACGGUCACUCUCCUAUACUUUGCUCCGCGGACGUGUUGAUAAAGGAGAAGCCGUAUACCAGGUUUCUUGCUGUGCCCACUGGAUACUGCUAUUCCCGCUAUCCAGAUCGUAAGCAAGAAGCUUAGAUGGUGUUGAACUUGCAGUCUCAAAUGCCAUUCUCUUCUUUUCCUGGCUUUCCGUUGGAGUGACUUCCACCUGCGCGAUCGCGAAAUCAGCUUACCAAUGAGUAAUGAUUUCCCCCGUCUCUUUUUGUCCUUUGCUUCUAAGUGUCCAAUUCCAGAAAUACAACCCAGAUUGGGAGCUCCCAGCUCAGCAUUAACGAAUUGAAAUUCGAUGGCGCACGCAUACAGUAAGACGGCACCCCGGGUGAGUCUCCGUGUACUUGCUUUUUCUCUCCCUACUCGCACAGCGUCC